AUGGCAUCCCCGAGCACCCUAGAUAGCCCCGACUACUAUGAAAUUGCCUGGAUCGCUGCUCUUCACAUCGAGAGGGCCGCUGCAGAAGCGAUGUUAGAUGAGGAACAUGCAGCUCCAACCGGCUUCACUAGACACCAAACCGACGCGAACGUUUACACGUGGGGUCGAGUGGGAGAUCAUAACAUUGUCAUCGCCUCCCUAGCUUCUGGAGUCUACGGAACCACCUCGGCUGCGACCACGGCCUCGAGCCUGCUUGCCUCUUUGCCAUCCAUUCGUAUUGGUCUUUUGGUCGGCAUAGGCGGUGGCAUUGCUCGACCGGACGAGGAUCACGAUAUCCGGCUAGGUGAUGUUGUCGUGAGCCAGCCCUCUGGGACAAUGGGCGGGGUUUGCCAGUAUGACUUGAUCAAGGCAAAGUCUGGUGACAAGCGUGAGCGCAAAGGCUUCCUCGGACGGCCUCCGACGGUCCUCCUCAAUGCGCUUAGCAGAAUCCAGGCCUACCACGAACGGAAGGACUCCAAGGUUCCCUGCUUCCUUCAAGAAAUGCUAGAGAAGAACCCGAAGAUGGGCAAGAGAUCCAAGCAAAAUCCUGGAUAUAUUCACCAGGGCUUCGAAAACGAUCGCCUCUUCAAAGCUUCAUGCGACCACACCCCCAGCCCGGACUGUCGGGACUGCGACACGGCUGAUGAAGUUCAACGCGAUACUCGAGAUCAUAUAGAUCCCAAUAUCCACUAUGGGACGAUCGCAUCCGGCAACACACUCGUUAAAGACGCUACUGCUCGCGAUCGUGUUGUUGAUGACAUCGGCGAGGAUUGUAUCUGCUUUGAGAUGGAAGCGGCCGGCCUGAUGAACCACUUUCCCUGUCUUGUGAUCCGAGGGAUCUGCGACUACGCCGAUGCUCAUAAGAACGAUCGAUGGCAACGCUAUGCCUCGGCGACCGCCGCUGCGUAUACCAAGGAGCUUCUGGCGUACGUGCCAGCUUCAGAGGUCAAAGAAACCAAGAGGGCACUGGAAGUGCUUCAGUUAGUUCAACGACAGAUUGAUAGCGUGCAGCAGACGACAUUUGCAACUAAAGCUGCAACUGAUUCUAUCGGGUCUGGUCUUCGCACCGAUAGGAUCAGGCGCUGGCUAUGUCCCCCGGAUCCGUCUACAAAUGUCAACCACGCAAGGACGCUCCGCCAUGAGGGGACAGGCGCGUGGCUCCUAGAAAACCCCGUCUUCAAGUCGUGGUACUCAGGGACACGUCGACAUUUGUGGCUGCAUGGGCUUGCGGGAUGUGGGAAGACGGUCCUCAGUACGACCGUGCUUGAUCAUCUCGCGAAUGGAAACGAUGGUCUAAUCCUUAGCUUUUUCUUUGACUUCAGCGACUCCACAAAGCAGACAUGGGAUGGCAUGCUACGGUCGCUCGCUUUCCAACUUUACCAAGGCGGGGUCGGCUCUGCUACUUAUCUUGAUGCUCUAUUUGAAGCACACCAGAUUGGCAGCGGCCAACCUACGACAGAAGCACUCUCGGAUAUUGUUUGCAAGAUGCUCGCAGCCCAGAGAAAGGUGUCUAUCGUUCUAGACGCAUUGGAUGAAUCAAAAACAAGGGAUGAUGUCAUCCUGUGGAUCAAGGAGGUAAUAUCUAGGCCGGAUUUGUUCCACACCCAGUUACUUUGUACCAGUCGACCCGAGUCCGAGUUUCAAAGUUAUAUUCCCCCUUUAAUAGGACAGGAAAACUGCCUACCACUUGAGAAGCCGGCUGUCAACUCUGAUAUCAGAUCGUGGGUAACAGCACAGCUUUCUCAACGACGAGAUUUUGCAGAGAAGCCUUUGUCCGAGAAUAUUCUUGAAAGGAUCCGGACGAAGGUUGGCGACGGGGCCGACGGGAUGUUCAGGUGGGCGUUCUGUCAAUUGGACAGCCUGGCUCGAUGUCGUCACGAGGCAGCUAUGGAGAAGGCUCUCGUAUCCUUGCCGCUAAAUCUUAAUGAAACAUAUCGGCGCAUGAUUGCAAGCAUACCGACAGAGCUAAAAAGUGACGCGAUACGCCUACUACAAUUCCUAGUGCACUCUAAGCGACCUAUCACGCUAGCCGAGGCUAGAGAAGUAAUAGCAACGCAGAUCGAGAUUGAGCCGCGAGGGUUUGACAUCAAGCGUCGACUAUUUUGCGAGAUUGAUAUUAUAGAUUACUGUCCCAGCUUAGUGACAGUCGUUCACGCCACUAGGAAAGAGCUACAUCUUGCCCACUUUUCCGUCAAAGAGUACCUUCUCGGUAAGAAUGAAUUCGAGAUCACGACUGCCAGUAUUUCAAUCAUAAGGACAUGCUUGACUUAUCUUACGGAUAUUACGGGUAGCAACAGAGAGAUUGAACGUGAUUUUCCGAUGGCAGGGUGUGCGGCGGAACUUUUCGCAAGCCAUGGUUCGUCGGCCCAGGCUUCCGAAGAUGUAGUUUGGAUGACAGUCAGAUUCCUAGAAAAGGAAGCAACAUUCCAACGUUGGGCUCGUCUGUAUCAGGCUCAUAGGACGUCAGCACGAGAGCUUAUUGGUAAAGGAGAGGAUGUCAACACGCAGGGUGGCUACUACGGCAACGCUCUCCAAGCCGCCUCCUACAAAUGCGAUCAAGAGAUUGUGAAACUUCUCUUAGACAAAGGAGCCGAUGUCAACGCGCAGGGUGGCUACUACGGCAACGCUCUCCAAGCCGCCUCCUUCAAAUGCGAUCAAGAGAUUGUGAAACUUCUCUUAGACAAAGGAGCCGAUGUCAACGCGCAGGGUGGCCGCUACGGCGACGCUCUCCAGGCCGCCUCCUUCGAAGGCGACCAAGAGAUUGUCAAACUUCUCUUAUACAAAGGAGCGGAUGUCAACGCGCAGGGUGGCCACUACGGCAACGCUCUCCAGGCCGCCUCAUGGAGAGGCGAUCAAGAAAUAGUCAAACUGCUCUUGGACAAGGGAGCGGAUGCCAACGCGCGGGGCGGCGAAUUCGGCAACGCCCUCCAGGCCGCCUCAAACAAAGGUCAUCAAAUGGUCGUUACACUACUAUUAGACAAGGGAGCGGAUGUCAACGCGCGGGGCGGCUACUACGGCAACGCUCUCCAGGCCGCUUCAGAGAGAGGCCAUCAAAAGGUUGUCACACUACUCUUGGACAAGGGAGCGGAUGUUAACACGCAGGGCGGCGGCUACUGCAACGCUCUCCAGGCCGCCUCGGCAUGGGGCCACCAAGGGACUAUCACGCUACUCUUAGACAGGGGAGCGGACGUCAACGCAGAGGGCGGCUUUUACGGCAACGCUCUCCACUCCGCCUCCUUAGAAGGCCAUGAAGAGACUGUCACACUACUCUUAGACAGGGGAGCGGAUAUCAACGCGCCGGGUGGCCGCUCCGGCAACGCUCUCCAGGCCGCUUCAGUGAGAGGCCAUCAAGAUAUUGUCACACUACUCUUGGACAAGGGAGCGGAUGUCAACACGGAGGGCGGUGAGUACGGCAACGCUCUUCAGGGCGCCUCAAACAACGGCCAUCAAAUGGUCGUUACACUACUAUUAGACAAGGGAGCGGAUAUCAACGCGCCGGGUGGCCGCUACGGCAACGCUCUCCAGGCCGCUUCAGAGAGAGGCCAUCAAGAUAUUGUCACAAUACUCUUGGACAAGGGAGCGGAUGUUAACACGCAGGGCGGCUGCUACGGCAACGCUCUCCAGGCCGCCUCCUUCGAAGGCGACCAAGAGAUUGUCAAACUUCUCGCAGACAAAGGAGCAGAUGUCAACGCGCAGGGUGGCUACUUCGGCAACGCUCUCCAGUCCGCCUCCUUAAAAGGUCAUGAAGAGAUUGUCAAAAUUCUCUUAGACAAAGGAGCGGAUGUCAACGCGCAGGGUGGCGAGUACGGCAAUGCUCUCCAGUCCGCCUCCUUACAAGGCCAUGAAGAGAUUGUCACACUACUCUUAGAUAAGGGAGCGGAUAUCAACGCGCCAGGUGGCCGCUACGGCGACGCUCUCCAGGCCGCCUCCUUAAAGGGCGAUCAAGAGAUUGUCAAACUUCUCUUAGACAAUGGAGCGGAUGUCAACGCGCAGGGUGGCCACUACGGCGACGCUCUCCAGGCCGCCUCCUUCGAAGGCGACCAAGAAAUAGUAAAACUUCUCUUAUACAAUGGAGCGGAUGUCAACGCGCAGGGUGGGCGCUUCGGCAACGCUCUCCAGGCCGCCUCUGAGAGAGGCCAUGAAGAGAUUGUCAAACUUCUCUUAGACAAAGGAGCGGAUGUCAACGCGCAGGGUGGGCGCUUCGGCAACGCUCUCCAGGCCGCCUCGUUAUGGGGCCAUCAAGAGACUAUCACGCUACUUUUAGACGGGGGAGCGGAUGUCAACGCGCAGGGUGGCGAGUAUGGCAACGCUCUCCAGGCCGGCUCCUUAAAAGGCCAUAAAGAGAUUGUCAAACUUCUCUUGGACAAUGGAGCGGAUAUCAACGCGCAGGCUGCCAACUACGGCAACGCUCUCCAGGCCGCCUCAUGGAGAGGCGAUCAAGAAACAGUCAAACUUCUCGUAGACAAAGGAGCGGAUGUCAACGCGCAGGGUGGCCGCUUCGGCAACGCUCUCCAGGCCGCCUCCUUAAAGGGCGAUCAAGAGAUUGUCAAACUUCUCUUAGACGAAGGAGCGGAUGUCAACACGCAGGGUGGCUACUUCGGCAACGCUCUUCAGGCCGCCUCAUUGAGAGGCGAUCAACAGAUUGUCAAACUUUUCUUAUACAAGGGAGCCGAUGUCAACGUGCAGGGUGGCUACUACGGCAACGCUCUCCAGGCCGCCUCAGGAAACGGCCAUCAACAGAUUGUUAAACUUCUCUUAGACAACGCAGCGAAUAUCAACGCGCAGGGCGGCAAAUACGGCAACGCUCUUCAGGCCGCCGUGGUUGAAGGCCACCAAGACAUUACUGAUAUGCUCCAAAGAAGGAGCGGUAUGGCACUGUCUUCAAAGCGGUCCAACUCUAGGACACCAACCAACCCGGCGAAACCUCGUUUGAUGGAAUUUGAACUUUCCGAUUAA